GUCCUUCUUGGUACCCCGUAGUUGAAUUUGGCAAGCGAGGCCGACACCCAUACCGGCGAAAUCAUGGCGUCCAUUUCAAUGGCUCCCGUUAACAUCUUCAAGCAUGGUGCCGAUGAAGAAAAGGCAGAGACGGCUCGCCUGUCAUCCUUUAUUGGUGCCAUUGCCAUUGGCGACCUGGUGAAAAGCACCCUGGGACCAAAAGGCAUGGACAAAAUCCUAUUGGGAGGUGGCCGGGAGGGCUCUGUUACUGUGACCAAUGAUGGCGCCACCAUCCUUAAAGCUGUUGGAGUGGACAACCCAGCUGCUAAAGUGCUGGUUGACAUGUCCAAGGUCCAGGAUGAUGAAGUGGGUGACGGCACCACCUCUGUCACAGUGCUUGCUGCUGAGCUGUUGAGGGAAGCAGAGCUCCUCAUUGCUCAGAAGAUCCACCCCCAAAUCAUCAUCUCUGGCUGGAGGAAGGCCACACAGGCUGCCCGGAAGGCCCUGAAGGAGGCUGCAGAGGAUCAUGGGAGUGACCCAGAGCGGUUCCAGGAGGACCUGCUGAACAUCGCCCGCACCACCCUGUCCUCCAAGCUGCUGACUCACCACAAGGACCACUUCUCCAAGCUGGCCGUGGAGGCCGUGAUGAGGCUCAAGGGCUCUGGAAACCUGGAGGCCAUCCAUGUCAUCAAGAAGCUGGGCGGCAGCCUCUCAGACUCCUACCUGGACGAGGGCUUUCUGCUGGAUAAGAAGAUUGGUGUCAACCAGCCCAAGAGGCUGGAGAAUGCCAACAUCCUCAUAGCCAACACGGGCAUGGACACAGAUAAGAUCAAGGUCUUUGGUUCGCGGGUGCGUGUGGACUCCACGGCCAAGGUGGCGGAGAUCGAGCUGGCGGAGAAGGAGAAGAUGAAGGAGAAGGUGGAGCGCAUUCUGAAGCACGGCAUCAACUGCUUCAUCAACAGGCAGCUGAUCUAUAACUACCCCGAGCAGCUGUUUGCUGCGGCUGGAGUGAUGGCCAUCGAGCACGCAGACUUUGUGGGAGUGGAGCGCCUGGCUCUUGUCACAGGCGGAGAGAUCACCUCAACCUUCGACCACCCAGAACUGGUGAAGCUGGGUCACUGUAAGCUGAUUGAGGAGGUUAUGAUUGGAGAGGACACGCUCAUCCACUUCUCUGGGGUGGCAAUGGGUGAGGCCUGCACCGUUGUCCUCCGCGGCGCCACCCAGCAGAUCCUGGACGAGGCGGAGCGCUCUCUGCACGACGCCCUCUGCGUCCUCGCCCAGACCGUCAAGGAGACCCGCACCGUCUACGGAGGAGGAUGCUCUGAGAUGCUCAUGGCCAAGGCAGUGUCAGAGCUUGCCAACAGGACACCAGGGAAGGAGGCUGUUGCCAUGGAGUCCUUCGCCAAAGCUCUGAGGAUGCUGCCCACCAUCAUCGCAGACAAUGCCGGCUACGACAGCGCCGACCUGGUGGCCCAGCUGAGGGCUGCACACAUGGAGAACAAGACCACCUGUGGCCUGAACAUGAGUCAGGGCAUCAUCGGUGACAUGGCGGAGCUGGGCAUCACAGAGAGCUUCCAGGUGAAGAGGCAGGUGCUGCUGAGUGCCGCCGAAGCCGCUGAGAUGAUCCUGCGAGUGGACAACAUCAUCAAGGCUGCGCCCAGAAAACGAGUACCAGACCACCACCCGUGUUAGUGACAUUUGAGGGGCGAGGAAUGGGAACAGCCUGUGUCUUUGUCACCUCCGUGGCCACUGUCCCGUUUUGGCACAGACACUUACCGUCGGGGACGUAAAGGAAGUGGAUACUCGAUGUGUCCUGCCAGUCA